UUCAACACCUUCUUCAGCGAGACGGGGGCUGGCAAGCACGUGCCCCGUGCCGUCUUCGUGGACCUGGAGCCCACGGUGAUCGAUGAGGUGCGCACGGGGACAUACCGACAGCUCUUCCACCCCGAGCAGCUGAUCACAGGCAAGGAGGAUGCAGCCAACAACUAUGCUCGUGGGCACUACACCAUCGGCAAGGAGAUCAUCGACCUGGUCCUCGACCGCAUCCGCAAGCUG